AUGAGAGGAGCCUUUGAGCUUCUUGGAGAGGCCACCAGCGGCGGCGGAAUCAUUAGGAACCUCCUCGACAAGGUAGACAUAGAUGUAGGUGUCGCCGCUCUCUGCCUCGCCUGCAACCGUGAUAUCCACUCCGCCAACCCCCUCGCCAGCCGCCACGAGCGCAUCCCUGUCACGUCGUUCUUCGAGUCCAUAAACUCAGUCAAGGUCUCCGACGCCGACGUUGACGCUGACGUUAGCACCGAGGAGGCCGAGACCGCGUCCUGGCUGCUACCUAAUCCGAAGACAGAUCUAAAUUCGUCUCAGUACUUGUUCUCCGAAAUCGAACCAGUUCCUUACAUAGAUCUAGAUUACGCGACCAUGGAUCCAAAGUCGGAGCAGAAAAGUUCCGCCACCGCCGACGACAUCGUUCCGGUGCAGAGCAACUUCGAGUCGUUCACCUACAAGCACCAAACUUCUUUCUUCACAGCCACUUCUCUAGAACUAGAACCUUUGGAGUGA